GGUUACAGGCAUAUAUAAUUAACUCACUGGAAUAUUUAGUUUCAUUCUCUUGCUCCCGCUUCUAGGUUACCCUGUGGAUUAUUUCAGAUGCUGGAAAUGCACACAGAGCCAGCAAUGGCUGGAAACAGUGACAUCGGUGGCAUCUUCAGCACUUACUUCUCAACCAUGUACUCUGUGUCUCCACUGCAACCUGUUCCAGACAGUGUAAUGCCAAACCAGGAUGGGGACAAGUUCUUGACGUUUGUAACACCAGAACUCACCACUGAACUGACAGAACAGCCUUCUGGUUGGGCAUCUGAGUUGCCCGAUAUGUGGUCCCAGCAGCAAGUCAUGGACUGGAUCAGUUACAAUGUGGAAAAAAACAAAUGGGAUGCCAGCACCAUGGAUACAAGUCAGUGUGAAAUGGAUGGGCAACGGCUGUGUCAGCUAAGCAAGGAAGACAUGACCAGAAUAUUUGGGGGACUUGGAGACAAACUAUAUGGUCACCUUUGCCAGCUUAGAGAAUGGCCUGGCUCUUGUGACUCUUCUCUCGGCGAGUAUUUUUUCAAGUUUCAUCUGACAAAAGAUCCUUCUGACUGGGAUCUGAUAUGUGAUUUUAUAAAAAAUGAAGAUAACCAGCAUGGGAUCAAGAGGGAAAUUGAUGAUGAUGACUUUUCUAUGAAGAUGACAGACUAUGGCUAUUACCCUGAUCCAAUUUCUCCAGCAAGCUCUGGUUCCUGUGGAUCUGGUAUGGAGGCAUACAGCCCUCACACUAGAGACUCCAUGGGCAGCGACCUUGAAGUGGAAGUCAAAAAUCCUAGAGAUGAGUUUUUAAGUUGCAGCAAGAAUGAUGCAGCCCUAAAUAAGCGCAGGAGGGGCAGACCACGAAAACUCAACUCAGACAGUCGAGAUAUCCUGGAAACCAAGAAAAGUAAGAACUCUGCACGUGGUACUCACCUUUGGGAGUUUAUUCGGGACAUCCUUCUGCAUCCAGAUUUGAAUCAAGGGCUCUUAAAGUGGGAAGAUCGAUCAGAAGGGGUGUUCAAGUUCCUGCGUUCAGAGGCAGUAGCCCAGCUGUGGGGACAGAAGAAGAAGAAUUCAAGUAUGACAUAUGAGAAGCUGAGUCGUGCCAUGAGGUAUUACUACAAGAGAGAAAUUCUGGAGCGUGUUGAUGGCAGAAGAUUAGUCUAUAAAUUUGGAAAGAACGCUAGUGGAUGGCGUUUGGGAGAUAAGGGAAUCAUUGGUAAUUAAAUCAAUGGACCCACAGACUAUGUGGAUAGUUCCCAACGCAGACCGCUCAGCGAUCAGGAACCUCCUGAGUGAAUGUAUUUGUCAGACUCCAACCUUUUUUGAAGGACAUUGAUGUAGCACCAUUUUUGCGGUGCCUGUAUCUUAAGCUGAUAUUUUAGCUUCAGUAGGUUGUUGUAAACCAGAUUUUAUUCAUGUUUUUAAAAUGUUUUUUUAUUUUGUUGAUAUUAUGUGUCUUGUAAUGUCAUUUUAGACUGUAAUGGAGGGACUACAAAAAUCCAAGUUAUUCAUCCAAUAUAUUCAGGUUGUAACUGUGUAGGAUGAUGGAGGGCAUUUUCACUACGGUAUACCUAUAAUAUGUUAUACAAUAUAUACUUUACAAUAAUCUUAAAAGAACACAUUCUGUAACUAGAAUGACUAGUUAUCUGAACACAUAAGAAGACAACAGCUAAUACACAACACAUAUAUCAAUAAUAUGUACUUUAUUAUGUGGUAAGAAGAUAUAGGACCAGAUUCAGUUCAAUGAGAAAAGCUCAUUCAAAUCCAAAUUUCCCUAUAGAUUUCUAGAUAAGGUUUACUCAUCAAACUAAAUCUUGGCCAAAUAUUAAUGCUUGUUUUAUGAAGGGGACAAAAGUACAUUCUUUUCCAUUCUUUUAUAUUCUAACAUGCAAUCUGGCUUCUGUCCUCUGAACAGCACAUAUUAUCACGUGUAUAAAUUCAACUCAAGCAGGAGUCAUGGACUUGUGCGAUUUGUAUAUAUUUUACAUAAAAAAGAAACAAAAACCUCUUUAAGUCUAAUAAUACCUACCUCCCAUUCCAACCAAUGAACUUGCAGCCCUGAAUUAGACAUGGUACUGUGAAUUUAGGUUUUAUGUAAAAAUACAUAGAUUUCAUGUACAUAUAACAAUAACAGGAAAUACAUGUUUAUAUGCAUCUUAGUUACUUUUCAAAAGCACUUAGUUCUAAAAGUUUUUUUCAGAAUCUCAAAGAAUUCCCUUCCCUUUUUUAUAUAUCAAAUUUUUCAGCUGGACUGGCAAAAUGUAUACAUCAUUUUUUAUGUAUAUGUUUGUAUAUAUUAAUAUUUUUAUAAUUGUGUGAACUAAAAUAGAUUUUAUGAGAAUUUUAAUGUUUGUGAUAUAAUGUGCAUAAAAAUAAACAACUUAUUUGAACACAAA